ACCUUCUUGAGUUAAGGAAGGUGCCUGUGUGUAGCUGGGAAGGAGAGUGAUUCUCUGCUGAGUUGGAGAGAGAGCUCUCAAGGACUGGAGAGGAAAAUAGAAACCCCUCCCAGGAGACAAGUGUGUCUUGAGUGUGCCCAGGGAGGAUUCUGGGAUUUGCGGUCCACCAAAAGCCAGCGAGGGCUAAGGAAACCGUAAAUUCAAUAUUCAAGGAAUUGUCUUCAUUCAGAACUGCACUGAGGUGGAACCAUAAAGAUGUCCAACGCAUCUACAGUAGAAACCAGUGAUGUGGAAAGAAUUGCAGUUAAUUGCUCCAAGUCAGGAAUGCACAAUUACAUCUUCAUCGCCAUUCCAAUCAUUUAUAGCACCAUAUUUGUUGUAGGAGUAUUUGGUAACAGCAUGGUGGUAAUUGUGAUUUAUUCCUACAUGAAGAUGAAGACAGUGGCCAGCAUUUUUUUGAUGAAUUUAGCUCUGUCUGAUUUAUGUUUUGUGAUCACUUUACCCUUAUGGGCAGCUUACACAGCAAUGCACUAUCAUUGGCCAUUUGGUAACUUCUUGUGCAAGGUAGCAUCAACUGCCAUAACCUUAAAUCUAUAUACCACUGUGUUCUUACUGACAUGCCUCAGCAUUGACCGCUACUCUGCCAUUGUCCAUCCCAUGAAAUCUCGUAUUUGGCGCACUGCAAUGGUAGCUAGGCUAACAUGUGUCGGUAUAUGGCUUGUAGCUUUUUUGGCAAGCAUGCCUAGCAUAAUAUAUCGUCAAAUAUAUUUAUUUCAUGAUACGAAUCAAACAGUGUGUGCCAUAGUAUAUGACUCUGGACAUAUAUAUUUCAUGGUUGGCAUGAGUUUAGCCAAGAAUAUUGUUGGUUUCCUUAUUCCUUUUUUGAUCAUUUUAACAAGUUACACAUUGAUUGGGAAGACGCUAAAAGAAGUCUACAGAGCUCAAAGGGCCAGGAAUGAUGAUAUUUUUAAGAUGAUUGUAGCUGUUGUUCUACUGUUCUUUUUCUGUUGGAUUCCUUAUCAAGUGUUUACGUUUCUGGAUGUUUUAAUCCAGAUGGAUGUGAUCCAAAACUGCAAAAUGUAUGAUAUUGUGGACACAGGCAUGCCCAUUACAAUAUGCAUUGCUUACUUUAACAGCUGCCUGAACCCCUUCUUGUAUGGUUUUUUCGGAAAGAACUUCAGGAAACAUUUUCUGCAACUCAUUAAAUAUAUACCACCAAAAAUGAGAACCCAUGCAAGCGUUAACACCAAAUCGAGUUUAGUUUCAAGCAGUCUGUCAGACACCAAGCGUGCAUCAAAAAAGAUUGCCUUGCAGAUGACUGACAAUGAAGAACAUUGCAAAUAGCUUAGAAGGUAUUGUAUUUCUAACUAAACAUAUAAAUACUCAAAGUGGAGAAACUCCACUUUAUUAAAUAUAACCUUCUGCAACUGGCAGCUUUCCAGAUACUUAUAUAUUGCUAAAGCAGAAGAAAAUCAAGAGCAUUUCACAGCCUAAAAGCAAGGAUAAUGGUGCAUAUAACACAUUUGCUCUGUAAUCCUUGUGCAUUCAUCUAUAAUGUAGAGGCGUGUUCCAAAACAGCAGUCAUUGGCCUUGUAACCAAUUAACUGAUAAUGAUGAUAAUACCAUGCAUGGGGUAGUUUUGUGUUUCAGCUGAAGGAAACUGGUGUGUAAAUAUCAAUUUUGAAUGUGCCAUCAUACUGUAUGCAUACCUCAUUAAUUUAUUUGUGAGUCAGUAUUCAUCUGUAUAUGUCUUUUUGUAUAUUAACUCAUUUAAUUUAUUGUAUAUAUACACUUUAGUCAGAUCCACAGUGUAUUUUGCAAAAAUGGCACACACAAAAAAUAUUCAUAGCAUUCACUGAUUCAGUUGUUUGUACUUAAAGCUGCUAGAUCCACCGAAAGGUUCCUGCAAUUUUAAGGCAUUUUGUAAAAUUCACAAAUCAUGAAAACCCUGCUGUAAUCUAAUCAGGUCCACAUAUCAACUGAAAUCAUGCUUUAGAUUAUAUUAUUCCAAACAGAUGAAAAGUAAUGAAAAAAUUGGGUUAUGCAAUUUGUAUUGCUCUGGAAAUUCUUAGAAGUGGAGGCAUUUAGAUAUAUGUUCAUAUGUGGGAUAUUAACAAUUUUGAAUCAUCACAUUCCAAGCACUGCAGAAUCUCAUUGGAGAUUUGAGUGAUAGUAGGGCAAUCGGAAACAAAAGAAAGCACAUUUGUGGGGUUAUAAGAGGUUAGAGUUUGAAUAGUUGGAUAAUUACUGAUUCAUUUAUUUCAAAAUAUACAUAUUUAAGCUUAUUUACCGAGGCAGGGAAAGGCACAAAGUAAAAACUAAAUGGUGCAAAAGCAGUCAGCUUUCUGAACUUUUCUUCGCCUUACUUCUUGAGGAGCACCUCUUUGUGUUCCAAUAUUAAAGCAAAAAGAUUGGUGCCUCACUGUGUAUGCAGCCCUGUCUGCUUUUCAUAGAAGGGUUGGGAGGUGGUCAGCAUUUAGGUGUCCCAUGGAAUGUCCCCUAGCUUGGGUUUCCAGUACAAGAUGGAGAGUACAAGGUCAUGAAAAGUCUGGGGGAACCCCAUAUUUGCCUUCAGUGUAUUUAUUUUCCCUUUUGUUUUGAUGCAGGUAUUACUAACUAAGUUUGCAGUUUAAAUCAUGUCUAAUAUGGCUAUAAAUGUCUUUAUUUGCUCCUUUAGUCCUUUUAUUCUGCUUGAAACCUUUUAAAGGAGAGAAAGACAGAAAGGGUCGUGAAUGAGCACACUCGGGAAAGUGGUAUGAUGGCAUUGGUCAGCAAGACCUCCUAAAUGGGCAAACAUGAAGAUCAUCUCUGGUACUUCAAGCACUGGCCUGAAAUAUUAUUAUAACAUGCUUGCUGGUAUUCUACUUCACCCGCUGUUGUGUUGAUUCCAGGGUUGUUAUUAAUCUUCAUAUUAGAUAUUAAAUGUGGUCUGAAUGCAGAUAUGUCCAUAGGGGGAUGAGCUUUGAUCAUUGUUUGUGAUCAUUGUGUUUGUAAUACUACUUGAUAUAUAUUGUGUGAUAAAAUGUUACUUCUAUCUCUGUAAAAUUUCAAGGGAGAUAAUAUGUUUGUUACUGAUUAUGUGGUAUAAUUCUUAAUGGCAAAAAAACAAAAUAAAGGCUAAUGCACAUGUAA